CUUUACCGCAGUGACGCGGAUAUAAAAUCUGGGCCAAAGCGGGUAGAUAUAAGAAGCUACCUUGUUAAGCAGGAGUGCAAGAAGUCCCAAGUGAGACAGGCGAUUGUUCAGGUGAUCUGUAAGAAGCCCGAGAAGCCAAACUGUUGGAAAGAUGAAGUGCAUUGCCAUUCUAGCUUUAAUAUGUGCUUACCUUUUGAGUGGAACUGCUACGCCAGUUUUGCGCACUGUGCGUCACCGUCCGCGUCCUUUGGACAACUCCGAAACUUGGAACAACGUGAUUGUGAUGGCAAAACACGCGCAAGCAAGAGACAGAGAUCACGAGACACGCUUGAUCCCAGAAAUUUCAAGCGAUAAACUUAAAGCUGGGAAUGUUUGCUGCAUCAAUGCCAGAAUCCUGGAUUACUACCUCAGUGACAUUUUGCAUGCGGACCAAAUAGAGUAUCCACGUCUCCAUUUAGUGAAGCCUGAUCUGAAGAGGGUUGCUAGAGACUUGAAACCACAUUGCAAUUCCAACCGGGAUGAUAAAGAGUACCUGCAACAGUUCAGGCAGAACCUUGAAAGGGCCGCAGAGAUGUAUAAGAAUAAACGUACGGCCACGAACAAGGCAAUCGGGGAAACUGAUAUUCUCUUCCACUACCUCUACGAGUCCUGCACCUCGGUAGACGCUGAACAGACGACCAUUUCUGCUGACCAGUAAAAAUAUUUCGAAAUGUCGAAUUUCGAAAGCGUUUUAUAUAGUUUUCUGAUUUAGUAUUCAAAUUGUUAUUUAUUAAGGCUCUAUUUAUUUAAUCUAUUUAUUAUUACAUGAGCAACCUAUUACAUUUUGUACCGACAGUAAACUCACACAAUGUGUGAACUGUGUUGUUACAAGAAAUGUGCACGUGUCUGUGGAUGACUUGAUUUGAGCAUCCAUGAACACUGGAAUGUAAAUGCAUUUUAAAAGCAUUUUUGCUCCUUU